GCAGCUCUGAGAUGGCGCCCUUCAUGUAAGACGUGGCAUUCACGAGUCACACACUGACACUGUUGUCAAUUGAAGUUGUUUUGUGUGUGCCCACACGUAUUAUUGUAUGUUAUUUAUUCUGUUUACUUCGAUCCCAUCCAUGUGUUUUGCGAGUGGGUUGUUUUGCUCAGCUGCUGACACAAUACUUUGACGACUGACACGACACUGAGGCUCAACAGAAAGAGGGAAUUUCUCAUCCAGUGAGCUUUCUUUGGAUUAGAGGAUCAACAAUUUGAAGCAGAUGGCAUCCCAAAAUGAACUUGUUGGAAAAGCGGAGGAUGUUGCAGAUCAAGUCUUGAGGAAGAGCAAGCACUUUCUCCCUCAUGUAGCCCGUCUAUGUUUGAUAAGUACCUUCCUGGAAGAUGGGAUUCGAAUGUGGUUUCAGUGGAGUGAACAAAGAGAUUACAUCAACCAGACAUGGGGGUGUGGUUGGUUUCUCAGUACUUUGUUUGUCCUGACUAAUUUGGUUGGUCAAAUAGUUGGAUGUGUCAUGGUUCUGAGCAGACAACAAGUACCUGCUGCUUGUGGACUUCUAUUUGUCAUUAUUGCUCUUCAGACUGUUGCCUACAGCAUACUUUGGGAUUUGAAGUUCCUCAUGAGGAACAUAGCUCUUGUUGGAGGUGUCAUCCUUCUCCUUGCUGAAUCUAGGAAGGAAGGAAAGAGUAUGUUUGCUGGUGUUCCUGACACAGGUUCCAACAAACCAAAGACCUACAUGCAGCUCAGCGGUCGUAUCAUGCUGGUGCUCAUGUUCAUGACCUUGCUUCGCUUUGACUUCACUCCACUCCAAAUCAUCCAGAACCUUGUCGGCUCCGUCCUCAUCAUCCUCGUUGCCAUCGGUUACAAGACCAAGCUCUCGGCCCUCAUCCUCGUCCUCUGGCUCACCAUCUUUAAUUUCUACGUCAACGCUUGGUGGAACAUCCCCGCCUACCGGCCGAUGAGAGACUUCCUAAAGUACGACUUUUUCCAGACGUUCUCCGUCAUCGGGGGACUGCUUCUCAUCGUGGCGCUCGGGCCGGGCGGUGUAAGCAUGGAUGAACAUAAAAAGGACUGGUAGUAUAGGUUCACCGCUAGUCGUUUAGUGUAUUAUAAUAUAAUGCAAUUGCAGCAAACCAUGUCUUAUCUAUCAAUGUGUGUUUGUAGAAGUGACGCUGUAAUGACAUCGAGGCAUACGGUUUCAGAGUGACUUCAUAGCCUCCUUCAUACAUGCCUUGAUAAACUAUCUUGAAAAUAUUACUAAAUCCACAAGGAAAUUGUGAUUUUGUCAACACUCUGGAACACUGCUGCACAUAAUAGCGAUUGAUCACAGAGUUGAUUUGAUGUUUAAUUGCACAUGAUAUUCAAUGCCAUCAAUCAUCAAAAUUAGCCCUAUGGUCAAUUGCAAAUUAUUGUGUCACAGGUCUUGUGUUCCUGUAUCUCAAUUCACAGUUUACACAUGUAAUCUACAUGUAUGUUUGCUCUAUUAAAGCGCAAGGGGAUAAUUCCCUUCUUGCAAAGUUACUUCCUAAAUCGAAAUUUACCACUUACGCUUUACAUUACAAUUUUGCUGCAGUCGGUUUCUUUUCAAAGUUGGUUUACAUGUUGUGUUCGAAUAAGGCUCCGUCUCAUUUUCUUUCAUCGUCAAACAUCAUUCUCCGCCAUGACGGUCCUGUAUUCUUGACCUGGGUGCAUGGCGGCAGAAACCAAAGAAAUGCCUCUUUGAAGUGUAGCAGCAGUCCUUUAUGUGUAUAUAUGAAUUCCACAAGGCAGCUAUAGUUAUCUGUCUUUUUAAUUUUUUUUCAACAAUAAAAAAAAGCAACAAGGAUGAAAAAUUGAUGUAAGUGGUAUUUUUGUUACAGAACAGACAUGAUUGCUUUUGGCAUUCAGGGUUAAGUAUUAAAGGCAUUUUAGGAAUUGUCGUGCCUAUAUAGAGUUUACAUCCAAUCUGUUCAUAUUGGUGUUCUAAGUCGAAUGGAUGCUCAAGCUGAUUUGGGUCAAGAGAGGAGGGGGGGGGAAUUAUCAAGUAUUUUUCAUAAAAGUAGGAGUGUUGUAUGUUUUUCUUACACAGCCAAACAUCUCAUUUCUGUACACUUCCAUUUCUUGUUGAUAUAUUAUGGGGAGAGGGCAUUCACCCACUGCCACAACCCCCUGUCGCAGCGCCCCUGCGAGUUGUAUUUUUUUUUGCAAAAUGACAUACAUUCUGAAUAGUUAGCUAUGCUAGGUUACUUUCUUCACA